UUCGACUUUCUGGAAGGCGGUGAAGGUAGAAGAGGCCCUUGUCUCUUUUGUGCGCGAGCUUGUCACCGUAAGUCAUCUUUCGUCGCUUAGAUUCCGUUUCAUCUGCUAAUUCAGGUCAUCGACGAGUUUAAUUACUCUCAGACAACCAUCAGGACUUCAAGACCACGACGAUCUCAUCAAACAACUAAUCAAGUUAAACCAACACAGAUCACAUAACGACACUGACCACGAUUUUCGACGACUCGUAACGCCUUUUCGUUUUCUACUUUGCUUGCUUCAUCAUUUCGAAUCUCGACGACUUGUUUUAAUACGCCCACGACUGCAUAUAACGUUUUUCAAGACCGUUUUUUUCAUAUUAUCAAAUUUACUUGCACACGAGACCAGAUGCCUUUGCAACUCCUCUCACGACCAACUGACACUAUUCGCACCCGCUCACCGUCACCCUUCGAAACACCUGCAACAAAGCCUGAUAUCCCCACCAUCCGCCUUAUCGCUGCAACACCCUCAUCAGCCAAUUCCUCCAUUGCUCCAUGGUCUGAACCCCAACCCGCACUCGCACUCGCGCCCAAAGCCUCGUCCUCAGAUGCAACGCCUCGUAGGCGUCUCGUACCCAAGAAAUCAAAGCUGGGUCUCCUUUCGUCACGAGAGACUGAUCUAUCAGACGUGGUGCGCCGAGUUGGUGCCCGUGACUCGAAUAAGAAUGGCAGCACGGGCAUUGAAAUAUACGUUGACCCGAUGCUUGACCCUGAGAUCGGGGAGAUUGUCGUAGUCAAGAAGAAGAAAAGCCGCAUGGCCUUGGAUGGCAUGCGCUGGGGUCCCGCUCUUGGCGAGGUGACCAACAUUCCACAUGUGAAGGAGAAAGAGAAGAAGGAGAAGAAGAAAGAUAAGGAGAAUAAUGUAUCGAAGGUAAAGGUGGAUGAGAAGUCCGGUUGGUGGACCAUCGGGAAGGGGAAGAAGGAUUCGAAGGAGAAAGAGAGAUCAAGAUCGCCUGCACCGCCUUCGAUUAUUGAACCAACUGAGUCCCGAGCGCGGUUCAAUUCCCUCGACUCAGGCAUCUUGCUUCACAGCCCAGUGCUCCCUGAGCAUUCCAAGUCGCCCGCGGAGAACCGACAUCUACGUGUACCGACACCGCCAUCUGCGACGGUUGCAUCCGCUGCAUAUGGAGCUACACUUGCUCCACCAAGUGCUGCCCCCCUCGGCUCAGGUAAAGAUAGCGUCGCUCUCCGAGCCAUGCGCUCUGUGCGCUCUCUCGCGCGUAUUGGGUCUUGGGCACAGCUCAAGAAUAUCCCUGCACCCGACGACACUCCUAAACCUACUCCUCCCGUCAUUAGCGAGCCCAAGAAAAAGAAGAAAAAAAAGGACAAGGGGCAAAACAAGGAGAAAGAAAAGGAGAAACGGAAGGAGAAGGAGAAGGCUGCAACCGUUCGUUACUCCGGCAGCAGCUUCGAAGCAGGGGCGCUCAGCGCUAGCCCUGAUAAAAACGCUGGUAGAGCAACUCUUGGCAAGAAGAAGUCUAUUCUUGGGCUGGGCCUCCCCUCCACGAUGCGUCUCCCCUCUAUGCGCAGUGGGUCCACAUCAUCAUCGAUUGUAGCUGCUCAAAUGCAGAGCUCGAAUAAACCGUCGGCGGAUUCACCUGCCACGUUAGGAUGUGGUAUUCUGGCCAGAGCACGGACGGGAUCUACCAUGACAGCGAGCAGUGCUGGUAGCGUAAGGCCUGUUUCAGUAUCUUCAGGAGGAUCUUCUGGCGGGUGCUCGGUGAGGUGGGACGAGGCUGGGUUAGAGACCGUGAAGGAGAUCAGGAGGAAGGAACGCGCAUCAAAGGAGAAGGACAGUAUCAAGGAAAAGAAAACCAAAGGAACCCGCAAGAGCUCGGAUAGCAGGAAGAGGACGCCCCUCUCAGCAGUUUUCCCCGAGAGGUUGUCCGACCACGAAGAAGCCGAGAGGACUAAUGACGAGGAAGCAACUGUUCUGCCGCUCGUGACAAUCGAAGAGGCAACUGUCGAUGGACACAGCGACCUGGAGACACCAAUCAAGCGAGAGCGUCUAAGGCCGUUGAGCGAGCAGCUUUUGGGGCGUAGCAGGCCCAAGGCUAUGUACGAGGACGAAAACGAUUGCGCAGUAUUGUCCCUCCUGGACGCAGCAACAAAUGAUCUCGCGCAGCUCAUCAACCGCCUUGAUCUUCAAGCGACGCCGGACAUGUCACCUAUGAGUGGCCAUUCGCCAUCUUUAUUGGCAUCCCCCCAAGCUGGCAGCCCCACUAAACGCAUGACUCUAGAAAGCCCUGUCAAAUGCCUCCGCGCAAGCGCCCCGAGCAUCACUUCACUCCGUCCAUACGCCAAGACGAUAUCCACCGCUGCAGUUCCGUCCAUCGGUCAGCACAUUGCACCGUGGGCAACGCUCAAUGCUGGGAUAUCACCUGCGAAAUCCCCGCCAAAGGACUCACAUGCGCCAGCAUCGACCUUUAGGUUCACGCACAAGCGGACAAUGAGCCCUGCGCCUGCGGCAGAACCAGAACCUGUCUUUAAAGCCCUUCGCCCCGCGAAAAACAGGGUGCCUGUCUCGGGACGCACUGUAUUCGCAGCGCCUAUGAACCUACCAUUCAUGGGUAACGCGGAUCGUUCACCAUCAUCGCGCACGUUUGGCUCUGCACAUUCAAAGUCUAGUUCCCGUGCGUCAAUGGGUGCAAGCCCUGUGUUUAAGAAGGCAAGAGGACACGAGAGGAAACCAUCGUCACUUGUGCCUAUGGAGCAUGCGCAUUUGCAGUUGCGUUGCGAUACCACCGAUGAUAUUCAGAACCCGCUCGAUAGCCCAAGGUUGCUGAUUCUCCCUGAUGCACGCCGAAACCUUGGUCUUGCAGGGACGUUGGGAGGUUCUGUGGGAGGACAAGAAUUGGACGCGAGUGAUCCUGACUCCGACAUUCCUGACGAAUUGCAGAUCAUUUUGUCCAACUCGGAUAACGAAGCGGAUGACACUUUGUCGUUCCAUCCUAACCUGAUGAUCACGCACCCACCACUGCCCUCACCUGGGCUGCCGCCCGAGAUGCCACUCCCUUUGCCUAGAGGCUCUGUCACUGAAGCUCCUGUGUUCCACGCCAAAGUCAUCGACGAAGACAACCACCAUGCUGACGCUGAAGAGGCUGGAAUGUCAUCCGAGGAUGAUACCAAGAAAUCCUUUGACUUCACGGGCGAGCUGCAGAAGCUGAACGAGUGCGGUGGAUCUGACAGGCUUAGCUUCGUCGAGCAGUUGGAGAACGCGUUUCGCACGCCUGCCAAGAUUGAUUUGCGAUAUGACUUUGACCUUCCACUUGAUGCACCUCCUGUGCCCAAGAUACCGUCGUUACAGGCGGAACUGGAACGUGCGGGGGAUAGCACAUUCAGCGUGGACUAUGUGUCGCAAGAGUUCUUACCUCAAGGUUUCCCGAUGGAUGUGGACACUGAACCAUCGUUACUUCCUGGAACGGAUAGCUUCGCCACGACAAAUGACUGGGAGAAUGAGGAGGAGAAUUUCCUUUGCACAGAGCAGCCUCAAGUCUUAAGGAACACUAUGUCUAUGAAGUCCAUGAAGUCCACAAAAUCGCGACCAUCGAAUGGACAGCUCAAUAGGAACUUCAAGUUUGGCGGCAAGCCAUCGCCUGCGCCCUCUACUGAAAAGAAUGAGGAGCCACUCACAUUAUCAGAUAUCAUCCCUCCUUUGACUGUGGCCAAAUCCCUCUCCGCGACUUCGUUAGCUGGUGACGACUCCGCUGUUCUCAAAUCCAUAUUUGCAAAGGCUGUUGAAAUUCCCUCACCUCCAUCUCGUGUCCGCCUCGAUUCGGACUCUAGCUCGAAACGCAUUGAACGUUCAGCUGCUCGUCCUUCAAAUGUUCCAGGGCAUCACAGACACUCUUCAGAACUGAGCUUUGUGGGCUUUGACUCGUUUGCGGAGGUGAGAAGGGGAUUCGAGUUCCAUGACAAUCGUCCGAAUUUCUACCCUCCGCCGGGAGCCACUUCGCGUAACCAGCACAACAAGCGCGAGUCCAUGUUCAGCAUUGCGUCUGUCUCGUCAUAUGGACAAGUCAUCAAUCAUGGGUCCACGGAUCCUUUCGACUAUGGGGCGUUACCACUCCCAAGCCUUCGGGAGCGUCCUUCCUCGGACGAGUUCUCUUUCACAAUGUCUUCUCUUGAUGAUACGUUCUCCUUCAUCCGUAAGCAACCUCGCAGAAGACGUGUUGAUAGCGAUACCUCUAGCUUCUACUUCCGUGCCUCAGUGCACUCGCAGCUGCAUCCAUAUAAUCGUAUUGCUGCUCAUCGUCGCCACUCGUCUUCAGCCUCCGUCUCUUCGCUGGGUCCACCAAUCAGCUUGUACAACCGCAACAGCUAUGGACACAACCGCAACAGCUACGGAUACCGCCGCCGCAAUGAUUCGAACGCUAGCAUGAACAGCGUUUCACAGCCAUACACUCAUGGCGGGCGUGCCUCGUGGGCUAGGCAUCGCCCCGACUUUUCUGUCGACUCCAUGCUCAGCGACUUCUCAGGGAUUAAUCUAGGGAGGCCAGGGCUGGGAGACAAGAUGCUUGACUCUGCUUUGGAUCGUGGUAUGCCACUUACCGCCAUUUCCGCAUCGCCGCCUGAAAGCCCUGUCGGGAGCAUCGGAAGCGAGCAGUUCCGGAGUGGUCAAUACGUCAAUCGCAUGUCCUAUGAUUCGAUCAUGAGCAUGGACCAUGAGCCUCAGCCUAUGGAAGACUCGCUCUUUGAGAAGACUGGUCACAGGACAUCCGUUUCUUCGUCUGAUUCUGCAUUCUUUGCUGUGGACUCAUCGCAUGCGCCGCCUCAAUUUAAACGGUUAUCAAGCUACAGCAUUGCUAGUGUUCACAGUCCGCAGAAGGAAGAUGACACCAUGAUCAGCAUGCUCGGUGGUGGCCAUGUUAGACGCCGUUCCGUAGGAUCCAUGAUCGAAGCCUCGCCUUGUCGACAAGUUGAAAAAAGGAAACACAUAGCAUCUGACGUUCCCCAGCCAAAUACCCGUUAUAAGGUUAAUGACUACGAAUCUCCCAAGGGCCGAGUUCUUGAAACAAAGCCAUCGAUUGCUUCGACUGCAUAUUCAGUGAAGUUCGGUGAUGAGCGCAUGAUCAGAGCAAAGCACGGUCUUUUGGAGAGGCAGAGUUUGGAGAACACAGUGUUGAUCGCAGAGGGGGAGGAGGAUCUGUCAAAAUCCUUCCGCAUCCCUGUCUUUACCCGCCCUCCUUGUGCAGGCCGCUCUCGCUCCAGCACUUGUACGUCUAUGAGUUCUGGUGCUGACACCCCUCCACUUUCAAUGUCGGAUGGGUAUUCCUCAUUCUCGGAUGGCUCGCAGUCCAGCAUUGAUCUCUCACAUGUCAACUACAUGCUCUCUAACCUCCGACCACGCGCUCGUGGUCACGGUCACCAACGACGCAUCUCUCAGGCCCGUGCAUCGCGCACGUCCAUUUACGAGACCAUUGAGGAGGAACUCACAACAUCACUUGCCCCGACUUCGUCCCUUCAGCCACCUCCAAGUUCUUCUACGCAGAAUGCUCAACUUCCUAAUUCAACGACAAAUACAAUUAAUCGUGCUCCCGUGUUUGUUCCUGAGCCGGAGACUGCGUCGGUCGAUUCGGUGUCGCUGUGGGAUGACGAGAGGGGAAUUAUGGCGCUACGCAAGUACUAUGCGCUUCGCGACGAAGUUGAAGAUACAGUGACAGAGAGCCAGCGUGUCUGGCUUGACACGCCAUUUUCCGUCUUCGCAGUUCAAUCAUUUGAUCCUCCUAGUCAUCCUUCCGGCAUGCAAGCACUCUUGGAACAUUCAAUGCAGAACUACGGACCUUUGCCUUCGGAAUUGCGUCCUAGACGCAUGCGUUCUCGCGUCAACUCUCGACCCUCGCCCUAUCCCAGGACUUUCAAGACCUCUUUCACGUCUUCUCCUGCCACCGAGCAAGUGAGGGCAGCCAUUGUUGCAGCUGUCGCAGAACACGCUCCCAAUGACAAUAUGCGCACCCAAGGUCAACCUAAGGCGUUGCAACAGAUUUCCGUCAACCCCAACAUCAUGUCACCUGCAGUCGACAACACCAAGGCAGGCGAACUCAUGAAAGACGCAGCAAUGUCGCCUGGUAAGCUGGAGCGCGUAUUUGGCCUCCCACCUCGUCCCCGCGUGGGCUCGGUCGCGCGAAGAGCUGCCUUGGGUUGGGUGAAGAGGAGCACUGGCCGCAAUGGUUUGGAGAAUAAGGAGAAUGCUAGCGUUGGUAACAUCUCUCUGGGAGCUGUUCCUGGUAAUAUGUCGCACGGCUUGGGCAUGACGCCGUCAGAAACAUUAAGACUCAACCGACCCCGUCCUAGGGGAAGGCCCACUCCUGCUUCGGCGAGGCCCAUCCGUAUUUGAACAGGACAGGAAAAACCUGUCCCCCUACGUUAACUCUUUUCCACUAUGCUAUGACUGUUCUAUGCCAUAUCCUUUCUUGCUUUUCUCAUACAAUCAAGCUCAUGGAAAACGUUGUCUUGCGUAUAUUUUAUCUCCCACAAUUGCCGGUUCCCCGUGAUAGUGUCCUGUGCAGUACGUAGCAAACGAUGAAUGAUGUACAUUUUUUGGGAUUUCGGUGCUAUUGCUCGUAUAAUUGUGGAGCCCAUCUACAGUUGAUCUAUGAUAGGGUCAUAUCAGCCAUGUGUCUUCAAAAAUUAUACAACAAGACACUUCAC